UCUGUGGUUUUAACAUAACAUAACCCACAGACAUAACCUCACUUUUAACGUAAAGGUUAGUACUUUGUAAAAAAUGUACCUUGUGUAUUUGAAUAUAAACAUAUUUUUCCCCAAAUAUUAGUGUAGAAAUUUUUUGUUGAUAUUAAAUAUUCAUAUAUAAACAUGAAAGCCACCAAACGAACACAUGACUUCAAAGCCUUGGAAUUAAAAAUUAACGAACAGUCCACUUCUCCACAUAUAAUUUAUUUUAAAGAACAUAUUGUCAGGGAACAUACAAAUGAUAAACCUUCUGGAAGAACUCUAUUUAUAAUCAAUGUACCUCCAUAUGCUGAUGAGAAUGGCCUUAAAAACGCAUUUUCCGAAGCCGGGAAAGUCAAUUCCGUAAUUUUUUCUCUAAAACCCAGUUCAAAUACUCAGUCAAAUAGAUUCAUCACAGAAAAAUGCAAGCAGUCUUUUAAAGUAUGUUAUUUAGUUUUUAAAAAGGUUUCUGAACUAAACAAAGCUCUUGAACUAAAAAAGUUACAACCAAUGCAUUCAAAUGGUCAUGAAAUUAAUGUGGGGAUGAAGAAAUGGAUACAGGAAUACAACAAUUCAGUUGAAACACCCAAAGUUUUAAAAGAGAGAAUAGAAGUUUUCAUGAAAGAGCAUGAUAAGAAAGUGGAUUUGGAACAAAAACAAGAGAAAGAACUGGAAAAAGAGGAUGAUGAAGGAUGGAUAACAGUGACGAAGAGGGGGAAAAUGCAAAGUUUUGCUCGUACUGAAAAAGUUGAAAAUAAAAUAUUGGCUAAAGAAGAAUCAAAUAAGAAAAGAAAGGAGUUGAAAAACUUCUACACCUUCCAAAUCCGGGAGUCCAAGAUGAAGCACAUAGUUGCACUCCGGCAAAAGUUUGAACAAGAUAAACAGAAGAUUGUACAAAUAAAACAAAGCCGUAGAUUUAAACCAUUUUAAUUCUAUAAAUAUUUUUACAGAACAUCAUGAUGUAUCAUAUUCAUUGACAAUUUCUUUCUUACAUGUUUGUAGAAUAAAUUUAACUGAAUAAAAUGUAAUGUAAUAUUCAUAGUCUUAAAAGAAAAUCUUGCAAAGGAGCAAUAACCAUACAGAUUACAGUACAUUUAAGUGAAAAAAUAAAAACUGGCCAAAUACGAGUCCAACUCUUACACCAAG